AUGACGGGCCGCGGCAGCGCGAGCCGCUUCCUGGGCGCCGUGCUGCACAACGGCGUGGGGCGCCACGUGCGGCAGCUGCAGCGCCUCCAGCUCGUGUUCAGCCCCGUCGCGCCCGACGCGCGCGGCGCCAGGCAGUUCGUGGAGGAGGCGGCCGUGGACUUCGCGCGCCGCCACCCCGACGUGGUGCUCUACGUGAGCCCGCGGCGCUGCCCGGCGCCGCUGCUCAUCGCCGAGUACCGUGAGUGCCCCCGGGGACAGAGCCGGGGCCACCCUGCUUUGUUGCCUCCUGCCCCGCUGGGCGCCGCAGUGAACGGCGCCGUGCACGAGGAGCUCGUGAGCAGCCGCAGCUGCGAGGAGAUCGCGGGCCUGGCCGCCCGCCUCGCCGCCCGCUCGGGCCUCGACAUCGUGCGCAUCCGCAAGCCCUUCCACACGGCCAGCCCCAGCGUGCAGGGACAGUGGCACCCCUUCACCAACAAGCGGCCCGGCCUCGCCGCCCGCCCCAAUAAAUAGAC